AUUACUAUGCACUUCACAGCAGCGUUGAGUUUUUCGCUUCAUCUGCAUCAUCUCCUAUUCUUCUUUCAUUUCUCCUCGUGCUUAUCGUAACGAUAAAAAGAAGGAAACCCACCAUCCUCCCUAAAAGUACGAACACUCAGAAAGCCAUGAAAGCUUUACUAAACCCCGAACCCAUUCUCUCCCAAACCAGUUCAAUCUUCCCCAACAAAACCCCAAACCCCACUCGCUUCCAUCCCCAUCCAUUCCCCAACCUCUUUCUCCAAGAUCGCAACCGUUCUAUUCGGCAGAGAAACCUUUCUUUAACGGCAAAAGCUCUUCUAGACUCCGCCACCGUCGAACAAUUCGGAGUUCCGGAAUUCGAUGUCCGGAACCCGUCGUUGUCAACUUCGUAUCGUAGUUCGAAAUUGACCAGGCCUAACCAAACAGUGCUGGAGGCUCAAACUAGGGUUUGUACCGGUCCAACUCAAACUCGACCACUUGAUGAAGAACAAGCCUUCAAGGUGUUUGAUACAAUUCUUAGAUCAGCUAGAGGAGAGAUUAAGGAUGAGGAAGAAGUUUCCAAGGCACAAAUGGGGGCAUUUUUUGCAGCAAUGACGAUUCGCGCGAACGCCUUUCCGGAGGCGACACAAUGGAGUGAAGGGGAGAUGCGUGCAAUGAAGACGUUCUGGCCACUUCUAGUUAGAGUUCUUCCGCCCGAUGUGGUAUUUUUGGCCGAUCCUGAAGGGUUGAUGAUGGGGUUGGGAAGUUCAAUUGGACCGCAGUUUGUUGGUAAUGGCACUACUGAGAUGAGAUUGGUUGGUGCUCUUAGAGAGGUGUUGGCUGGGGGGCAUCUUGGAUUUGAGGAAGUUCAGGGUGUGUUGAAGGAAGUUCUUCCAUUUCAAGAGGGGGGCGAAAAGCGAAAUGGAGCAAGUGAGGCUUUGCUUGCGGCGUUUUUAAUUGGUCAACGCAUGAAUCGGGAAACUGAUAGGGAAUUAAAAGCAUAUUGCCUUGCAUUUGAUGAGGAAUUUGGUCCCCCUCCUGUGGCUGAUGUCAAAUCGUUGACUCAUUAUGGUGAGCCUUAUGAUGGAAAUACACGCUUCUUCAGGAGUACGUUAUUUGUUGCUGCUGUUAGAUCUUGUUAUGGGGAAUCCUGCUUGCUUCAUGGUGUAGAUUGGAUGCCUCCUAAGGGAGGUAUAACUGAAGAGCAGAUGUUGAAGUUUAUGGGGGCGAAUAUAAGCUUAUCCCCAUUCAACGCCAAGAAACUUCUCGAGGAUGAUGAAGUUGGUUUUGCUUAUGUAAGUCAGCGUGAAGCUCGCCCGUCUCUAUACUCUUUAAUUGGUAUAAGGGAGCACAUAAAGAAGCGCCCUCCACUUGCAACAACUGAAAAGGUUCAGCAGUAUGUAAAGGCCAGUGGUAAGGAAGCUAUUGUUACUGGAUUUUAUCAUGGAGGUUACGAAGAGUCGUUGUUAAUGCUCAUGAAAAGAAGGGGUGUGCAUUCUGGUUUGGUAGUGAAGGGAGAGGAAGGAGCCCUCUCAAUGACUACAAGAUUGCGAUCAGCUAGCACGACAAAGGGACUUCCAGUGAAUUACUGUUCAGGGUUUCGGUCACUUGACAUUUCAUCCACAUCAGAACCUGGUGGAGUUACACGUCAAGGAUUUAGUCUUGAGGUCAAUGCCAAGGACUAUGGUUUCCAACCCACAGACACACCAAGAACUGAUAGAUCUGUCUCAAGGAACAUAGAAUUGGGUUUAUCAGCUCUCAGCGGUGAAAAAGGACCAGCAUAUGAUCGAAUUGUCUUGAAUGCUGGAAUGGUGGAUCACUUGCUUGGUGCUGAAGGCGCUGAAGAUAUAUCUGUUGCCCUGGAUAGAGCUAGAGAGGCCAUUGACAGUGGUAGUGCGCUGAAACGGCUCCUAAACUAUAUCAAGCUCUCCCACAAAGUUACUUGAAAUAGUUCCAGACAAGAAUUGCUGAUAACUUUUUUGUAGACAAUAUACAGGACACACGAGGGAUUAAAGGGGAAGGCAAAACUUCAGAUAAUGAUAUUUUUUUUGGAGAGAAAGUUAAGAGUUGAUUCAUUUUAUCAAUCAAUUUUGAGGUUUUGGUUACACCUUUGUAUAAACAUUCUACAUGUUUGUAAGUAAAAUACUAGUUUUCAAUGUUUGAAAUUUCUGUACAUUGUUUUAUUAUAGAAGUGUUUCCAUUUGAACUUGGAGAGCUGCUUUUAUCCCUCCUCAAUCCGUUCUGCAAAACUGAUUGUCUACUUGGGACAUUAAGGAUCACAUGACAGAUGAUUUGACCAAUGCAUAUGUGUGUUUGAAUGUUUUGCCUGAAUGUUUUAUCUAAGAUUUGAGCUCUCAGGUUGAGGUGAUCUUGUGAUGUUUUAUUAUAAUAAAACUUUGUGGAUAUGGUAGUGACUUCAUUGGUGUUGAUUCAAUAUAAAAUACAUAUUUGACUUAUCUUAUUUUGAUUGAAUCAAUAUCUAUAAAAUUGACAUGAAAGUAAAAUUGAUGAAGUAGCAUAUCAACAAGUGUAAAUAAGUGACA